ACAGAGCGGCGGAGUUAACCCCGGCAACAUUCUGCCUAUGAAGAUCUGGGCCAAAGGGAAACAUGAAUUCUUCCCAAAGCUUCCCCUAUCCACUCUUCCCAACCACGGAACACCUCGCCGGGAACAACAUUUCCUUCUACAUCCACGGGGACCUGGGCAAUCUGGAGAACAUUCUGCUCACCAUCCGAGAACCUGCCACCAUCGCCCUGACGGUCAUGUACAUCAUAUCUUUCGUCGUUGGGUUCAUCGGCAACGUAAUGUCCAUCAAGGUCCUGACCAGCAAGAGGAACACCAGGAUACGCGGAGUAAGCGCCACUCGCAGCUUGCUGAUCAAUCUCGCCGUGUGCGACUUGAUGGUAGUGUGUGUGUGCAUGCCCACAACUCUGGGCUACCAGAUAUACAAAGCCUGGAUCUACGGCGACUUCAUGUGCCGGGCAGCCCCUUUCACCCAGGCGGUGUCCGUCUCUGCUAGCGUCCUCAGCAUCACCGUUAUUAGCGUCAACAGGUACUAUAGUGUACACAACCCGUUAAAUGCUAGAUCAUUCUUCACGUGGAGAAAAAUCUUCUGGACUAUCCUGGUCGUGUGGGUCGUGUCGUCUGGUAUCUGCAUGCCUCUGAUCUUUAUGAACAAGGUUAAAGAGAUUGAUCCGACAAUCGGGGUUCCUUUCUGCAGUGAGGUUUGGUCCCAGGUCAAGCUGAAGCAAGCGUACAACUUUAUCCUCUUCUGUGCCCUGUAUGGCUUGCCCGUGCUCUUCAACCUGGUGAUCUGCUUCCUGACUUGGCGUAGACUGUGGAGCACAUCCAGCCACUUCAAGGAGUGUGACAGCAGGAACCAGACCCUUCCAGUGUCCAGGUUGAAAAUCCGCAAAAAGAUCGCCAAGAUGGUGGUGGCUUUGGUCCUCCUCUUUGCCCUCUCGUGGCUGCCCAUCUACCUGGUCGAUAUCUGGGUGGAUUUCAACUCCGAGGUCGCUUCGAAGGACGGCGAGACAUCGUCGGUGUGGAUCAUGCACUUCCGACCAUUCGCCCAGUGGCUCAGCCUCACCAAUUCAUCCCUCAACCCGAUUUGCUAUUGUUUCGUCGGGGACCUGUACAGGUCGGCCAAGGAGAUCAAAAGUAAAUACAGAAGAACACUGGUUUCCCUCUUCAACUAUUCCUUAUCCGAAGGGUCCACGAGGUCGACCAUCCCCAAACUACUUUCCUACAAGGAGUCUUGUCGGAUAUCCACAAAGGAAGUCAACUUUGUCGAGUCCAAGGAGAGGAAGGUGAAGGACUGUCGUGCACCCCAGGGCAUUUCCGAGACUUCACUGAGUACAUGCCACCCUCUUCCAAAACCUACUGUUGGCAUGGACAAAAAUGACCCAAGCAACAACAAAUAGAUAAUCUGCUAUGUAUAGAUUAGCAUUGCUUUUGGCAUUGGCAUGGAAUUAACACUUUGUCACUAUUUAAUCCAUUGGUGCCGUGUUCAAUUCAAUCAAAAUGUUGAACCCAACGCAGAUGAGAAGAAUCGGCUUUGUUCGAUGGCCUCUUGCCACAACAGGCGCAGAGUUGCAUAAAGUCAAAGAUUGUGAUAAAUGUCUGACUUCACAUCAUUCACAUCUUGGAAAACCCAACAUCAUUCAUGAAGGACCAUGGACCUCCUUACCUGUAUAUGUCCUUUGUACAUAGGUUCGCACUGUCUGAAUUGGUAGACCAAGCUUGUCUCAAUGCUGGGUGGUCUUCAUUCCCGUCUUUGCCUGGCCAUCAUUCAAGUAUUACUCUGUACCGUUAACGGUCGUGUGCUUUUCAACCUUCAAAAAAAACCCAUCAUGUAAGCUCUUCUUGCAUGAGGUGACACUUCCCAGCACCAAAUCCGUGCAUGGCUGGUGAGAAUGCGAACACCCUUUUAUCUUUUCCUCUCUCCGGUAUUCUGAAAUUAAUGUCUGGCUCCCUGGCUGCUGUAUGAGGUGAAAUCAAAUAAUUCAAUAUACUAAUGUACCUGGUCUCAUAUGUCUGUUUGGCUCAGUGUUCAAAUAUAUAUCUUUAGUAGGCUCAGUUCACGCUGAGACCUCAAGAACACAGCAAGUGUAAAAAAAACAUUAAGAUUCAGUUAAUUGUGUACAUCCUAACAGCCAUUCUGAUGCAUAUCUAUAAUGACUAUCUUAAUAAUAUACAGCUUUCAUUAUUUUUUUUCUUUCUGAAGCAGAUGUUUUAUGUUACAUUGCGUAUGCAGUGUGGCUUUGAUUUGGAACAAAGUUAACGCUUCAUUUGUUUUUACAUUUCCAACUCUCCCCAAAAAAAAGAACUAUUGCUUUUUAGAAUAAGUCAAAUGCAUUUGAUUUUGCUGUUCGUAUGGCCUCGUUGUUACCUUCCCCUCAGCCAGCAAUGAACCAUUGUACAUUUCCUCGA